CUCGAUGGCGCCAUCGUCGUCGUCGUCGUUGACUAGCACGGGUCAGGUGCCUUCCGCGAUUGUAGGCCACACUGAUACUGGAUGAAGACGGAAACGAAGGUGUCGGAAAAGUGGUGCGGUGUUGUACUUUGUUGGAUAUUCUUCGAAGGAGCAGCAGACAAGGUGCAAAGGCAAACGAUCCCAUCGGGGACAAACGGUUGGCCCAGUUUCGGUUUGACGGUCGGGCGCUUCACACACGUUUUUCCGGGCGCGUUCUCGGCAUCUGCUGCUAGUUGCUGACUGGAGUGCUGUGGCCGGAAGGAUUUAACCUAAAGAGUGUUCGGUUUUCGGGGGAGUGGGACUGCUGCAAGGAUCUACUGGAUCGCUGGAGCUUGCCAGGGUGGGUUUGUAGUGUGGUUUUUCAUGUGGUUGGGCAUUUUUUGCGCGCGCUUUCAGUGUGUCUCUCUCUCUCUCGGCAACUGUCAUCAUUUGUUAAGUCGUGUGUCGCUUUUUUAACACCACCACGCGUCGUUAACUGUGCUCGUGGUAGUUUCGUGGCACACGUUUUACCACAAGAGGCCCUACGCCUGGUUAGACUGCUGCCAAAGAGUCAUUUACACCUUACCUCGGAGGAUGGUUUUAUUUAUUGUGAGUGCUAAAAGUGCAACGACAGAACAAUCAACGAGCAUACGAGCUGGAAAACGAUGUGUUGUUCCAUUCAGGGCACGACGACACUGAACGACGCAAACGACGACGGGAAAAACAAACAAAGGAUGGUGUAACAAACCUGUGAGAAAAUUAAACAUGUGGGAAUAAAACCAGACAUAGAUAUUGAGCUUCCUGGAGCAGAAGGAUGAAUGGAUAACUACUAUUCGCUAUACUCGAUUGCUGAUGCACUAGCUCGCAAUCAACGGAGCAAUUAGGGGAAAACUUUCGGUCGCAAUCAACUUCCUCCCAGAGUGGCCAAUGGGAAGAUCAGAGGCAGCAUUCAAUCGUGGUACUGCUAGAAAAUUUCGGAACCGGGAAAGUUUCCUCCCUCGAUAAGCUGCUUUUUCCCGGCUAAGUCGUCUCGCAAUCCGGAGAAGUUGGAAAAUUGCUUUCCAAUCCGGAAGUGGAAGCCAAUCGGGCGGAAGAAUCUGAACAAAUUUUAAACUAAAGAAGAAGCAGCAAGGAGGAUGCGAACCAAAUUAGCCCGGCAGUUGCUCUUUCGGGAUCCGGUCGAAAUGUGGCUCUGGUCCGCCACAAAGCCGGUUAAUUAUUUUAAGUUUGCCAAUGGGGCGGCAAGUGAUAGCCGGGCUACCGGAUUCGGUGGGGCACUUCCGUCGUCGUCCACGGGGAGAGGUUUCAAUCUGACGAUUCUAGGGGAAGGGAACGAUGGCGCCGGUGGGCAGGGAUUUGUGGUGCUGGGUGAGGGUGAGGGCUCCAGUGAUCUCGAAAGUGAAGAAGAUCAGCUAAUAACCGUUGCGCUGAACAACUACUGGGCCCUGUUGGCCAUCGUGCUGGUCUUCGGGACCGCUGCCGGUAACAUACUGGUCUGUCUGGCCAUCGUUUGGGAACGGAGGCUGCAGAAUGUCACCAAUUACUUCCUGAUGUCGCUGGCCAUAACGGAUCUCAUGGUGGCACUUUCUGUGAUGCCGCUCGGAAUCUUGACGCUGGUGCGAGGAUAUUUUCCGCUCCAGUCCGAGUACUGUUUGGUGUGGAUCUGCCUGGAUGUGCUAUUCUGCACCGCCAGCAUCAUGCACCUGUGCACCAUUUCGGUGGAUCGUUACCUUUCGCUGCGCUAUCCGAUGCGUUUCGGGCGAAACAAAACCCGGAAGCGGGUGGUGCUCAAAAUCAGCUUCGUCUGGCUGCUCUCCAUCGCGAUGAGUUUGCCCCUCAGUCUGAUGUACAGUCAGAAUCACGCCUCGGUCCUGGUGGAGGGAACCUGCCAAAUUCCGGAUCCGGUCUACAAGCUGGUCGGAUCGAUAGUGUGUUUUUACAUUCCUCUCUGUGUGAUGCUAAUUACUUACACUCUGACGGUGCGGCUGCUGGCCCAACAGAGCCAGAACCUGGGCCUCGGCGGAGGAGGAAAUGGGGGGCCAACUUCCGGUGGGUGGUCCAGUGGGUGGCUCGGGCAGGCCCCGGCCCUGGAACGCAAGAACACCUGGAGGCGUAUCAUGAAAAUCAGCCUGCCCUCGACGCCAAGCCACGCGCACUCGGCCGCCUCGACGGACACCGAACUGUCCACCCUGGACAAUCACGACCUGUGGCUGCUGGAAUCCAGCAUCCCGGAACCGACGCCAUCAACAAUGACGGCGCUGCACCAGUUCGGGGAAGAAAUGCUCAAACUUUCACGUGGCCUGGAAUCCGUUUCGGGUCACGGCGAACAUCAUCCUCAUCACCAUCAGCAUCACCACCACCACCAACACCACCAUCAGCAUCCUCAGCCUCAUCAUCACCACCACCUUCACAAUCAGCAGCAGCAGCAACUACAUCAACAACAACAAAACAACAGUGCCAAUCUCAACAAUAACAAUAACAACAACGGCAGCAACAAUGGUUAUUCGUUACUGAACAAAAAUACCGAAAGUGGUUCAGCGCUUCCGGCGCCGGCAACAGCUUCGAUGGGCGGAUGUGGUGAAAGCGGAAACCACAGAACUCGCGACGGCAAUGGCAACAACGGCGACAACGACGUCGACGGCGACGGCAAUGGCGGCAGCGUCGGAGGGGACGGCGUCAACAACAAUGCAACUUUGCAGCCGGCGGAGGUGCUGAAAAAAAAUUCGUUCAGAAACCGUUCACUGCUUCUUCCGACGAAGCCUCCCCCCGUGAUGAAGAAGCGUCGCAACUCAACCUCGGCCUGGAUUAAUCGACGCAAUUCCGUGACGCCCCCUUCGACGACCGUUCGGAAACGCUUCAAAAGUCUUCCGUUUGCUGCUUCUCUAGACGGCGAAGGCACCGAACCGGCCAUCACCGUGGACGAAUUCUUUCUGCAGGAAGCGAUCGAGCGGGCUCGGGAAGCUUCUAGCGGCGAUCGACGAAGGAACACCGAUGAAGAUGGCAAUCAAACGGGCUUUAUCGAGAACGACGAUAGCAGCCGAAGUUACAGUGAGACCAGCGAAGGGAUGCUGGCGGUCAACCCUCUAAGACUUCCACCACCCUGCAAGUGUCCCUACUUUGGCGAAGGCUGCAGCAAACAGCAGUACGAGGGUAUCCGGCAGGCUGAAAUCAAAAUCGUUAAGACUACAUCCAACUUUAGCUCAAUUUCAAAUUUCGAUACACAGGUCUAUAGCAAUAUUUCAAUUUCCUCGCAACCAACACAAUCCACCUCCAGUAGCCUUUCGACGCUUCCGGCCUCGGUUGGAUCGUCGAUCGUAUCUCCAAACAAGAAGUUCAAUAAUCUGAAGAGCGUAUCGGUGGUCACGUGGGAUUCCCGAAGGCAUCAACGGCGAGGUUCCAGCUUUGGAGGUGCACGAACAUCACUUCUCCUGACGCCUACAAAACCGAGUGCCUCCAGUGUAUCUCUUCGACGAUCGGCCACCCUAAGACACCACAAAGAUAUCAGUGGAUCAGCAGUAGCAGUCCCAGGGACGGAAGUUCGAACACCCAAGAAGAACAGCUCCUCGCCAUGUCUAAUCCAGCACCAAACCAACGUUCGGUCGCACCAUUCCCGAAACUCUAGCGUUAUUUCUCGAAACUCCUCGCGUCAUGGUCGAAUCAUUCGCCUCGAACAGAAAGCGACCAAAGUCCUGGGUGUAGUAUUCUUCACAUUCGUCAUCCUGUGGGCACCUUUUUUCGUGUUAAACCUGCUGCCAAGUCUCUGCGGGGAAUGUGAGGAGAGCAUCGACCAUUGGGUGUUCGACUUCGUCACCUGGCUUGGCUACGCUAGCAGCAUGGUUAAUCCCAUCUUCUAUACCAUCUUCAACAAGGCUUUUCGGGAGGCGUUCAAGAAGGUCCUGUUGUGUCAGUACGGAUCCAAACCUUCCUGGCAACCGACCAGCUAGCAUACCGUCACCAACCGAACUGUGGCAAACGAUGCCGUUUAACCAAAUUGUGAGUGGGUAACUAAAGCUGCUAGGAAGGGGGCUUGGGGAGAGACGAAUUUUGUAGAUCAAAUUUAAAGAGCAAACUGUUUCAAAUUAUAGCUGUUAAGUUAACACAUAGGAAUAGUUCGAAGUAUCAUGGAUAUAAAUUUUAGCAUAGUUUGCGUGGGCCAAAACUUUUUAAAACAAUGAUUUAGUUGAAAAAAUGUAUCCAUCAUAAUUUUUUUUUUUUCAUUUCAGGAAAUUUCAAUUUCAUCAGGAAAAGCCGACAAAAAUAUGCGAACUGUUCUGCUUGCCUCCAAGUUAGAUUCGAACCCAUCUCUUUCCCUCUUACUUUCUCAUACCUACUUGUGAAGUGUCGCUAGCCUCCAGAAAGAAGAAACGCCUAUUUCUUGGUUCCUUUACUGACCGGCCAGAACUAGAAAACUCUGUCUUUCUUGAAUGUGCAAUGUUUUGAUGACAUUCUGUCGAGUUAGGGUUUCUGCCAAUGAAGUGCAUUAAGCAAAAUUGUUGUGUGCCACAUGUGCCAUCUUUUUUAUUAGUUGAUCACUCAGAUCGUAAAUCCUUUUUACGGAUUGCAUUCCAAGGCACGGCGAGUGACCGAGUCCCCCCAGUAUGCUACUCUUGGUCCAUGGGUGCAAUUGGUCGACUCUAGAUACUAUGUACCUCUACGCCAUAAAGUCAUAAUUCCCAUCUGGACAUCGAGGGCUGUACUCGAGAUGGGAGACUACGUCCGCAAUUAAGCGUUCAUCGGCUUACUCAGUUUGAAGUCCAAACUCCAGCAUAUACAUAUAAAUACCCUGCCUCUUGUUUCGAUUCAAAACUAAGGACCUUUCCUCUGACGACUCGAGGUCCGGCCUUUACUCGUAACUCGAAGGUCGCUUGGUUUUCUCGACUAUCGUGCACUCAGCCUCUGUUCGAGGCCACUGCAAGAGACCAAUGAUCUCUCCUCUAACGACUCGAGAUUUUGGCUCCACUUGGUUUGUCUCGAGACCCUCUUCACUUUGCCUGUCCGUGUGCCGAAACGAGAGCAGCUUAUCCUAGACUCGCGCCUGUCACAGCACACGUCCGGAGCUUUACGAAAACUACUCAGAUGAUUCCCGGCGAAGACGUCAUCCUACACCGACUCGAGUGACUCACCCGCCGACGACGGGAAGUCACUCUACCCGAGAGUAUUCCGCGGCGCAGACGAGUUCGACUGCGAAGAAGGUAAAGUAUUAUCCUCGCAGCUUCUGUCGUAGGGAGCGCGUUCUACUCCGAUACUCCUCGGCGGUGGAGGUAUCCUACACAACAUUAAGAAGGUAUAGUCUUAUCUUUGUAUGCUUUACUGCUAGGAUCGGACGCACACUACUCGAAUGCCCCCCGCCGAAAGGGCAUUCUACUCCAACCGUGGUCCAGUCUUCCUCUUUCCUUUUUUCUAGCAACUUUGAACUGGCAAUCCUAGGCUUUUACCCGCGCCUUGUGCAGAUUCAAGAGAAGCUUAUCCUGGACUCGCGCCUGUCACAGCACACGUACGGGUCUUUUACGCUUGCCACUCAGAUGAAUCCCGGUGGUGAAGUCAUGCUACCCGACUCAAGUGGCUCAUCCGACAGUGACGUGAGACCACUCCACCCGAAAGUAUUCCGCGACGUGAAUACUCUUCCCCCUACGAGUUCGAGUGUGAAGAAGGUCUUGUCUUAUCCCCACAGCCUCCGUCGCAGAGGGCGCGUUCGACUCGGAUACUUCGCGACGGUAACGUUGGAGGUAUCCUACACAGAGACGCGCGAUGUACCAGGCAGCUCAGCAUACGCAGAAGGUAGAGUUUUAUCUUUAUAUUCUAUACUGCCAGGUUAGGACGCACACUAUUCAGAUGCUCCCCAACGAAGAAGUCACCCUACACUGGUAGCGGGCUGGUGUUGGUUCCAAUUCCUCUGCACAGCAGUCAUGAUCCGGGCGAACUCAUCGCUGACCACGCGCCAAGUAUUGGCAUCCUCACACAUCUUUCGCACGAUGUUGUCUGCUGUCGUGUCUGGCCCGCAGGCGGCAAGCAUGUUAGCGCCCAACUUUCAACCUCGGGCAGUUGAACUCUACGUGCUCUGGUGUCUCUACUGUGUCACCGCCGCAGGUUGGACAGAAUGGCGAGGCUACGUGUCCAAACCGAUGGUGGUACUGCAUGAAUCAUCCGUGACCAGUCAAGAACUUUGUCAUGCAGAAAUCCACCUCUCCAUAUCUCCGAUCCAUCCAAAAUCCGACGUUAGGGAUCAAGCAAUGGGUCCACCGGCCACGUUCCGAGCUGUCCCACUGGUGCUGCCAGUUGGACAUCGAGGUCUCUCUGGCAUGUGCCUGUGCUCGUAGCAGAAGGUAUCUUCCUCUUGCAAGACUGAAAUGUACAUGAC